AUCAUUAUCAUCAUCUCACUUCUUCAUCUCACUGUAUACAUACUCUACUCAUCUCGCCACAAACUCUCUCACACAAUUGUUGCAUACCCCCUACAUCUUCUUUCGCUUGACUUUUUCUUUUCUUUUCCUUUUUUUUUUCCUUCACAAAAUGGAGAAUUCCGACCUCCUCACAGUCGCAGCUUCAAUCGCAGUCAUCAUCUGGUCCGUAGUCAUGAAUACCCUCUAUGAUGCCGAACAGCAUCGCGAGAAGAAAAUGAUGAUGAUUUCCAAUGGACGACGAACAGUACAUGUAGCUCAGACGACUACCUCUAGACGACAUCUUAUCACACAACAUCAAAAAGACAACAAGUAGCGAACUCUGCCUACCUAGGUACAUGUACAUGUACAUGUACUCGACUCGACUCGACUCGACGAAAUUUGAUCAAGACAAGACAGGACCAAAUACAAUACAAAUUAUCCCCUUCGGCUUUUAUUUUGCUGGCCAAAAUCCUGAUUUGAUGAUGAUGGAGAAUAAUGCUGGCACCACCACCAUCACCACCAUCACCACCACGACGAUGGAAAGGGGAAAAGGGAUGUUUCUCUUGUUAUCAUCAGAACCAAAAAUCAUUUGAGAGGGAGGAAAAAAAAACAAAAAGACAUUUCUUGCUGGAUUUUCAAAAGAAAUGCCUAUCUACCCCAAAGUGCAUACCAAGUGUAGUGCAGUCUCUCACUCCGCCAGCCAGUCAGCCUCUUUCUCUCUCUCUCCUUUUUUUGUGCCAGAUGUAUCUCAGAGAAGAUCGCAACCUCUUCGCCCCUUUUUACCACCAUUUAUCAACAUCGAUCCAUCAAUCCAUCAAUCAAGCCCAAAGGGAGAAGGAAAGAGGAGGAGGAAAGAAGGAAGGAAGAGGAAAGAGGAGGAAGGAGCGUCACCCACCUACCUACCAGCCUGAUCUGGCAUAUAUCGACCACCUGAUCAGGAACUCAGAAGAAGAAGAAGAAGAAGAAGCCCACUCAAAUCGUCAUCGUCGUCGUCGUCCCUGAUUGACUUGACUCGGCUUGGCUUGGCCCUCAGCUCUCGUAAGCAAAGCUCAAGCGUCGAGACUUCUAGGCUGGACGGGACGGGACUGGAUUGGACUGGCAGCUUUUACGCUGUGUUACACUGUGUCACUGUUUCGACUUUUGAAAAGAAA